UCAAUCCUACAGCAAUUUCCCUGUGAAAUUGAUAAUGACCACAACAUGAUCAAUCACACACGACCAUCUGCCAUCAGGAAAGUUUAUAAUGUCAUGUCUGUGGAGCGGCACAGCAACAUUUAGGCUAUUGAGAAAUAUUAAAGGCUCUACCUGUUGUUUUACAUGAUUUAUGUUAGCUAAUGAUAGUAUGAUAACUUUAUAAUCUGAGUUAGCUAGAAUCUACUUGAAAAAGACCGUCAUACAGUGCAAAUAUACUUUGUCAUCCAAACACCACCUUAAAAGGUUCUUGAAGAUGAUUUUAAUUAUUUACAGAGGUUUAUGUUGUAAACGCUUCCACAACAAGCCGAGCUGAGUUUAGUUUCACAGGAGCACGAUGUGUUUUUAUAUUUAGCAAUAUGUGGACGGCGCGAACGCAUCUGUUUCCUAGCAACAGAACAACAACAACACAGUAUGGCGGACAAGACUGAGGAGAGACCGCGAAACUCCAAACGUGUUUUUAUUAACAAUGUUGAUGAAUACACAUCGAAAAAUAUUGCAAGGUUUUUAGACUCAUGUGUGGUUGGUGCAUCUCUUGUGGACCCCGGAGAGGCUGAUGUGGAAGAAGAUGAUGACACGCUGCAUGAUGAGCAAGCAAAACUCAAAGGUGCAACCUUCCAGAUUGUGGGAACAGUUUCCAGCCAAAUGGAGGAGAAGUGCACUUUCAUUGCUGAAGAGUACAGCAACUUGAAGCGUGAAGACCUUCUUUAUCAUCUGAUGAAAUGUGAUGUGAUCAUUUAUGACAUUACUCAGCAUGCUGAUCAGAUAGAUGAAGCACAGUGGGCUGUCUCAGCUAUUCAUGAGGAAAUCGACCAGUUUUCUGGCCCCAAGAUGUUUAUCCUGGUGUCAACAGUCAUGACGUGGGCUAUGACUAAACCAGCUGAUAAAGAUGAUCCAGAGAUUCCUUUUACAGAAGAACACUACAGAAGAAGAAAAGCACACCCCAACUUUCAUGAUCAUAUCGGUUUGGAGAAGCUUGUGGUCAAGUUAGGCAAAACUAAAAGCUCCCAGUUGUCUACAUAUGUUGUUGCUUCAGGGCUACCGUAUGGAAUGGGAGAACACAUCUUUCAUUUGUUUUUUAAGAUGUCAUGGUUGGGCGAAGUCUCCCAGGUGCCCAUCUUUGGAGAUGGCUCCAAUAUUAUCCCCACUAUUCACAUCAAUGAUCUGGCAGGGAUCAUUCAAAAUGUCAUUGACCACAAGCCGAAGUCACAAUACUUUGUUGCGGUUGAUGAUUCCAAAAACACAGUGGAGGAUAUCAUAAAGGCAAUAACACUUGUUCUUGGACCAGGAAAAACUCAGAAUGUUUCAAAAGAGGAGAUUUAUCUCAUACAGGAGCUGACGCAAACAGAUAUUGAUUCUUUGCUUGUCAACCUUCGUAUUGACGCAACGUAUCUGAAAGAGAAUUUUAACAUUCAGUGGGUGUCAGAAACUGGCAUGGUUGAAAACAUUGAGCAGAUUACUGAAGAAUACAAGCAGACUAGAGGAUUGUUGCCCCUUCGUAUCUGCAUCCUGGGACCACCUGCUGUUGGGAAGAGCACUAUAGCGGAGAGAAUAUGCAAGCAUUACAAACUUCAUCACAUUAAGCUUAAGGAGACAAUCACUGAAACAAUAGAAAUCCUGGAGUCGUGUGUUCUUAUGGAGGACGCGGAAAACGAUCAGAGUGAAGCUCAGGAGUUUCUCGACACUCUGAAGGAAAACAUGAAUCAGAAUGGAGGACGGCUAGAUGACCAAUAUGUGAUUCGUAUAAUGAGGGACAAACUCAGGACUAAACCCUGUAUGAACCAGGGCUUUGUUUUGGACGGUUUUCCGAAAACAUACGAGCAGGCGAAGGAGUUAUUUACUGGUGAUGAAGAGCCUGAGGACUUGCAAUCUAAACAUGAGAAAAAGAUCAUCCCAGAGUUUGUGUUCUUUGUCGACGCCACUGAUGAUUUCCUGAAAAACCGUGUUCUGAAUCUACCGGAGACAGUUGUGGAAGGAACUUCCUACACCCCUGAACAGUUCCUUCGCCGCUUGGCCAAUUUCAGAGAGAGAAACGUAGAGGACGAGACGUUGCUGAACUACUUUGAGGAUCUGGAGAUUCAUCCUGAGCACUUAGAGAUUACAAGCAAUGAUGACAAUGAAUACCUGCUGAUAUUAGAGAAGAUUUGCAAAAAGGUGGGCAAACCGAAGAACUACGGGACAAUCUUAGAGGAGGUGGAGGAAAAAGAGCGGCAGCAAGCUGAACAGCAGCUAAAAAAACAGGCGGCAGAGAGGGCCGAGGCAGAACGGCAGGAGAAAGAAGAGGCCCAACACAGAGAUCAGUGCUGGGGGGAGUGGAAUCAGCAUCUUGAGGAGGUGAGAAGACAAGAACAUGACCUGUUGGAAUCUCAGUCAGAAACUUUAAGGAACUACCUUAUGAGGGAUGUGAUGCCCACUCUCACCCAAGGGCUCAUCGAAUGCUGUAGAAUACGUCCUGACGACCCCAUAGACUUCCUGGCUGAGUACCUUCUCAAAAAUAAUCCUGAAGCGUAAUAAACCGUGGACAUUAUUCGCCCUGGGGUUUCAGCAGCAAGUACAACUUCUGUUGAUUUUUGUUCUAGAGACGUUUAUUUCAGUCUUAGUGUUCAUUUAAAAUCUAAAUCUUGAAGACGGUCAAUGAUUAUAAAUAAUAAUUACACUAUAAUGCUACAAUGAAUAAAUACUAUGCAAAUCAAAUAGGAAAAAACAAUUUCUUUCACUGUUUUAUGGAUUUAAAAUGCAAAAAACAUAAUAAAAGGUUGAUAGAAUAAAGAUGUUAAUUAGAAGUUCAUUCGUCCAUCAUGUUAUGAUUAGUCUGAUUUGUCCUCUGCUUUUAAAGGAUAAAUGUUACAAAUGGCAAAUAAUUAACAGACCCUUUUAGCUAGCACAUAAUUCAUUUCAUUAGUAAAAUAAGGAAAAUACUGCACCUUACCUUUUUAUAUAAUAAAUUAACAUAGUCCUUAGCGCUAGUUUCCCGAUUAUCAAAUAGAAUAAUACUAAUACAACGAUACAGUGGAGAAGAGCCAAAAGUAUGCGUUCAGUUCAGUACAGUUCAGCUUACAGCAGGCAAUAACAGUACUCCAACACAUGAGGUAUAAUAGGCUAAAUGGCAGCAGAAGGUGGCAAUAAACAAUAAACCAGGUAGGAAUUUACAAGUCAAGUGCAACCGUAAUAUAUAACCAGCUGCUAAGGACGAGAUUGUGUAUGACAAAGCACAGGUGCGUGAGGUUAGACAGAAAUAUUGGCUGUCUGUAAUAUGGAUAGGCCCUGAGAACUGUUUAUAAAUCUUUUGAUGAGCACUUUUGAUGCAGAACAAACUUUUUUAAAUAUCAGCCCUUUGGGGCUUAAAAGCCUGUUCACACCAAGGACGAUAACUAUAAAGAUAACGAUAAAGAUAUAGUUCUAAAAAUCGUCCACACCACGGCUAUAACGAUAAAGGCUCAGAGAAACUAUGUCGUUAGAAUCACUUUUAGAACGUUUUUUUCCAGCUGAUAAAUGAUAAAAACAUGGACAGCCAAUCAGAAUCAAUCCUGCUGUUAUGAAAAUUUAAAGCGGCAGACAAGCAUGUGCUUAAAGGAGAAGUCCACUUCCAAAAAGAUUCACAUAUAAUGUACUCACCCCAUUGUCAUCCAAGAUGUUCAUGUCUUUCUUUCUUCAGUUGUAAAGAAAUUGUUUUUUUGAGGAAAACAUUUCAGCAUUUUUCUCCAUAUAAUGGACUGAUAUGGUGCCCCAAAUUUGAACUUCCAAAAUGCAGUUUAAAUGCGUCUUCAAACGAUCCCAAAUGCGGCUGUAAACGAUCCCAGCCAAGGAAGAAGGGUCUUAUCUAGCGAAACGAUCGGUUAACAUCUUGGAUGACAAGGGGAUGAGUACAUUAUAUGUGAAUCUUUGUUUCGGAAGUGGACUUCUCCUUUAAAAUAAACAGACGAUAUCGUCUGCUGGUGUGGACGCUAAGAUAGUUAUCUUUAUAGUUAUCAUUCUUGGUGUGAACGGGCCUUAAGAAUGUCAAUCUGAAAUUCAGCUAUGCAAAUAUUCAAAGGCAAACAUCAGUGAUCGUGCAUAAAGAUAAUUUUAACAACCUUCUCUGUACAUAUGCUGUAGAAGAUAACGUAUGAGAUUGUUUAUGGCAUGUUUUAAGACCAAAAUGAAUUGUAUAGUAUUUUUAUUGAGUAUUUUAUUGUACACUGGCUUAGUUUACUUUAAAAUGUUUACUUAAAAGUCAAUAAAAUAUAUAUACUUUAUUAUAUAGUCUACAGUACCAUUAAAAAGUUGUGAGUCUGUGACAUUUUUUUGGAAAAAUUCUUAUGAUCACCAAGGCUGCAUUUAUUUUAUUAAAAAAUACAGUAAAACAACAUUAUUAUUGUGAAAUAUUAUAUAAAUGUAAAAUAGACGUUUUCUAUUUUAGUAUAUUUUAACAAGUGAUUUAUUUCUGUAUGAAGGCCAACAUUUUCAGCAGCCAGUCUUCAGUGUCACAAUGGUCUUCACAAAUCCUAAUAUGCUGAUUUGAUAUACAAGUAACAUUUAUCAUUAUUGUUUUUAUAUAAUUAUAAUGAUUAUUAUUGAUUUGCUGACUGACU